GUUUUAGCUCUACUUUCGAGUCGCGCGGACGUAUGACCUUCAACGAGAUUUCCUGAAAAUUUAACUCGAUAUAGUUUUAGCCUGAACUGAAUCGUUUCGAGUAACAUUAUAGUGUUGUGUUUAUAUAAUAUUGUGACCUCAGUUUCUGUGACGAUUACUCAGUGACAAUUUGUUAAGUUCUGUGUGCGCGGGAACUGUGUUCAUUCCCAGAAGCUGAAGCUAAUGGAUCCUAAUAAGACAAGUUGAAGUCCACCGUGAAACAUGACGCGAGCGGCCAUUGCGUUUUGGCGCGAAAUGCCAAUCGCUGUCACGUUUGUUAUCGUGGCUUUGGCAUGCGUCGUUUCAGCCAGAGACAUCGUUUUAGACGAUACAUACACAGUAAUAGAAGCAUCGACGAAUGAAAGACUGCGUCUUAUUUGCGGACUGAAGCCGAGGAAUCAGAUACCGACGGUGCGAUGGUUUUUAGAUGGGAAACCCGUGGACGGACAGUCGAGACAGCGAAUGAUGCAACAAAAACAAUGGCUAAGAAUAAAGUCAUUCCGGGCGAAAGACGCUGGAGUGUAUACGUGCCAAAAUGAAGAUGACAAAAGCAAGGAAAUGAGUGUCACAAUUAAACAUAAGCCAGAUCUCGGCCCCGACAACAUUGAGGAAUAUCAAUCAGAUGUGGACGUUCUAAGACCGAUGCCUGAAAUACUAGCACAACAUUCAGCUCCUCUAGUUGAUAAUAAUACAAUCGACGAUAACACAACAGAUCAAAGACAUAAAGAAUACGAUAACACAAAAGACGACGAUCUCGAUGAUAAGAAUGAAAAGGAGCACCUUAAUUACGGACACGUUGAUGACACAAAAUCAAAAUAUGCACCAAAGUUUAAGCAUCCAUCGAAAAUGUUUCAUAUGGAAAUGAAACCAGCGGGAAGUUCGAUUCGUUUUAAAUGCGCUGCUGAAGGUAACCCAAUGCCCAAUAUCACGUGGUACAAAAACAGCGGAACUCCUAUAUCAAGAAGUUAUUUUAAACCAUCUUAUGGUAAAUGGUCAAUGGCACUCGACGAACUCACGAAAGCAGAUAAUGGAAACUACACUUGUAAAGUUUGCAGCGAAUUAGGGUGUAUCCAACACACCUAUACACUACACAUUCAAGAGCGUCUAUACGCGAAGCCUGUGCUAACACAAGCGGCCGUCAAUCAGACCAAGCUGGUCGGUGAAACGGCUAGAUUCAGCUGCGAAUUCCUAACAGACCUUCAUCCGUCCCUUUACUGGAUGUAUUUCACGAAACACGAGUACAUCUAUAAUGAGACAACCACAGACGCUUCGACCAAAGAGUCCGUUGUAUACAAAGAUGUAACAAAGAUAGUUACGAGCGAAAAUCCGGAAGAUAAACCAGAACAGCUGACGAUAUACAAUGUGACUAAAGAAGAUGAGGGCUGGUAUGUUUGUGUUGCUCUCAAUACACUUGGAAACACCACAGCUAAAGGAUACUUAACUGUUUUAGACUCUUUACCGAUAACAGAAGCACUGGAUCAUGGAAAACAUACAGUGCUUAUUAAUGUUCUGACCGCGGUGCUGGGAGCGAUGUUCUUUGUUGCUGCCAUUAUCGUGGUGAUGAUAUUCAAGAAAUUGAGACAAGAGAAGGAGAAGAAACAAUUAGCGAUAGAGACGGCAAGAGCUGUUAUAGUGACGCAUUGGACGAAGAAGGUAACGGUGGAGAAGCCGCAAAUGAAUGGAACACCGAAUGCUGCUGGAGAAGGAUUGUUAAUGCCAGUGGUAAAGAUUGAAAAACAGAAGCUAUCUCAAGUCCAAAGCAAUACAUGUGAUUCAAUGAUGAUGUCAGAAUACGAGUUGCCAGUCGAUAUAGAUUGGGAGGUUCCCAGAGAGUCCCUCUGCAUUGGAAAGAUCUUAGGAGAAGGAGAGUUUGGAAAGGUUGUGAAGGCGGAGUGUGUAGGGAUACUAAAGCCAGGAUUGCAGUCUGUCGUGGCCGUCAAAAUGUUGAAAGAGGGCCAUACAGACGCAGAAAUGAUGGCAUUAGUGUCAGAAAUGGAGAUGAUGAAGAUGAUAGGGAAACACGUGAAUAUCAUCAAUUUACUAGGAUGCUGCACACAAGACGGACCUCUAUACGUCAUAGUGGAAUAUGCACCUAAUGGCAAUCUGAGAGAGUUUCUCAGAAACCAUCGACCUGGAAACAGGUAUGAAUCUCCUACUGAAGAUAUGAAAGAAAAGAAAACAUUAACACAAAAAGAUCUUGUAUCUUUCUCAUACCAAGUUGCGAGGGGAAUGGAGUACUUGGCGUCAAGACGGUGCAUACAUCGUGACUUAGCAGCUCGUAACGUGCUGGUAUCAGACGAUUGUGUACUGAAAAUUGCAGAUUUCGGUCUCGCAAAGGACGUUCAUAGCAACGACUACUACCGCAAGAAGACAGAAGGCAGGCUGCCUGUUCGGUGGAUGGCUCCUGAGUCAUUGUACCACAAAGUCUUUACAACUCAGACUGACGUCUGGUCGUUUGGUGUGUUGCUGUGGGAGAUCAUGACCCUGGGCGGAACUCCGUACCCUACGGUCCCAGGACAGUACAUGUACCAGCACCUCAGCGCUGGUCAUCGGAUGGAGAAACCGCCGUGUUGUAGUCUUGAAAUAUACAUGUUAAUGCGAGAGUGCUGGUCCUUCUCUCCUGGCGACCGACCAUCAUUUACUGAAUUGGUCGAGGACUUGGACAAGAUAUUAACGGUAACCGCCAACCAGGAAUAUCUGGACUUGGGUCUACCCCAACUCGACACACCACCAUCUAGCUACGACGGCUCUGGUGAUGAAAGUGAUAGUGAAUUUCCAUUCAUUAAAUAAAAUUAAAGAUGACAUUUUGAAGGAGAUUCCGUUAUUGGAAGAUAUGUGAUGUGAUUUAAUAUGAGAAAAUCUUUUGAUUUUUUUUAAAUAUAUUGGAUUGUCGAAUUUGAUGAAAUGAUAAUAUCAUCAAUAUUACCUGCCUAAUGAUAAACGACGUAUGUACGUACGGAUUUAAUUAAUCGAUGGAUUUGAAAUGGCAAUUCGAACAUAUUAUGUUAUGAGCAAUUAUAGCUUAGAAUUGUUGAAAGGACUUAAACGAUAUGCGAAAACGGCGUUCAAAAUCUUGAUAUCAUAUUUUUUAAGAUUCAAUAUUAAAUGUCUAUGGACUAUUUCCGUGUUCAAUAGUGUUGCGUCAUAUUGAAUUGACAGUGUCAAGUGGAUGACAUGACAGGAGAUGACAACUUUGACAGUAUUGAAAAUGAAGAUACUCAUUAUUGAUGAGAUUAGUGACAUUUUAGUUAUCUAACGAGAAUUUAGGAAUUUCAAUAUUUCCCACCUUAGUUUAGUAGGCUUAGAAAAAACUUGGAAUUAUUAUAGCUAUGGUUUUUACUUUUAAACUUAGGAUAGACUAUGAUGAAAUCGUUUAGUAAAUUUUUUAUUGUAUUUAUUAUUGUCGACUGUCAAAUGCAAUUUUAGUUAUUUAUUAUAAGGAAUAUUUAAAUAUGGAC